CUAUCGCACGCUAGCUGUGGGAGUGCCCAGAAAUGGAGGACUGUGUUUCAAUCCAGAGACACUCUCAAAUUCUCCUCAGAGACAGUCUUAUGGUUGCCUGGGUCCCUUGGAGGGUAGGGGUCUCACCUGAAGUUUGGUGGGUGGCAGCAGGAAGUGGGACAGUUCCGGGACACUGGGCCAAUCUGGACCCCCUUGGGUGCUUAGGUGAGCACCGAGGACCUGCAGAUGGUGGUAAGCCGUGUAGGGGGGAUAGCUGGUGGUGGACGUCGGGAUGGGGGAAGCGUGCUGAGUCUGACCUGCCCCUCCCCCACCCAGUACUGGUCACCAGCUUCCCCAGGAGAGGCUCUGCCACCCCGGUGCAGACCACAUGUCCGUACUGCGGGAGCCACAUCAUCACGACCACCAGCCGUGUCCCAGGGAUCAUCACCUGGCUGGUAUGCACUGGCCUCUUCCUGUUUGGGUGUGUGCUAGGCUGCUGCUUCAUCCCAUUCUGCAUCGAGGGCCUGAUGGACGUGAGGCACUCAUGCCCCGUGUGCCACCGGGAGCUCUUCUACUACCGGCGCCUGUGAGCCUCUGCAAUAAAU